AUGUCCACCAUAAUAGACCCUCCGCCUAAAGCUCUACUAGAAAACGUCACAUUGAUUUUUGAGAACAUGAAGGUGUAUACGCCUCUCUUUAGUUAUCUGUUUACUUUUUAUUUGAUUGGCGUUUGCUGGUUAUUUUGUUUGUUUAUUUCAUGAAAAGGGAACACCAACAGUUCAUUCAUCCCUUGUAUGGGCGACUAUGUGGUCAUCUUUUGGCUCAACUUAAAUUGAGAUGUUAAGACUAGCGAACGAUUUCAUGACUGCUCAAGACUUGAUUAGUAAAUCAACAUUACAUCCCAUUAGGCUCCCCGCUUAUUUUCAAAUUUCGUCACCUCGAAGCCACCACAAAGGGAGGGGUGGGGACUAUCAGACACCGACGGCCUUCCUAGAUUUUAUAUCAGAGACUUGAGGAAUUCGAAUCAAAAAAUGAAUUAACAAAUUCGUUUUUGCUGAAUAACAAAUUUUGACCUCGUUCAUGGAGUAGACCCAGGGACUUUCAUAUUGAGAAUACUAUUCAACUUGGAGGGUUACGUUAGUAUUCUAUAACUAUGACGCCUUACUAAUCAGCAACUAGUAAGGCAUCACCGAGGCAAGCGCUGAAGCCUCGCUAUACUACCCCUUAAAUCACAACACUUGAUUCUUUUUUUCCUUUAGGCGAAUCGUAAAGAAAGAACCUGUGUAUUCUGGAACUUCUCUGAAAAAAAGUAAGCACCACUGUAACAUAAAUUUUAUAAAUGGCGUGAAUUCUUCCAAUUUUUCAUCGGUGCUAAAGUUAUCUAAGCGGAUUCUAAAAAUAUCCGAAAUACUUUUUAGCGUUUAGCAGAGUGAAUUGAACAUAUUUCAAGUGGACGGAGGAAGGGGUUUCAAAUCGAAUAAGUUAUUUUUAAAUUAUUUUUUAAAGCUUUGGGAGUUGGUCAAGUGAAGGAUGUCAAACAAAGACGACAUCUGAUCAUCAUGCGGAAUGUGUUUGCAAUCAUCUCACCCACUUUGCUGUGCUCAUGGGUUUCACCGACAAUGCUGAUGACGGGAAGGUGAACAUUUUUUUUUCUACAAAAUCAAACUGUAUGGAUCUAAAAAGGUACAUAGAGGCAUGAAAAGUAUCGCAUUCAUUUCUAUUUAUUAAAACAGACAUUUCCUUUAAUACAAAUACAAGAAUUAUGACGUUUACAGUUUUUCAAUCAGGAUAAAACUCGUUCGUCAGAUGAGCAUGACAAAAUACUGACACUUCUCACUCGAGUAGGAAUGGCUUUAUCUCUCACUAGAGUAAUACUCACAAUUAUCAGCUAUCUUCAGCUCACGUAAGUACAUUUAAGUAACACAGAUGUCCAACUGAAUUAUGUGUGAUAAAUUAACCAUUUUAAGAGAACAGAAAAUAAGCUAUCGGAUCAGUACUGGAUCGAUGUCAGCGCGGAGUGCUCGUAUCUGGAAAAAAAAUUAGACGUUCUUGGAUGAUCUUUCUUUAAAACUGAUACAUCGUCAAGGUGUGAAAAUAGCUUCAUAUAAAGCUUUCGUCUAAAGUAAAAACUUUCUAGUCAAUAUUCUUUAUCCAUUCGUUAAUCAGUAAUUAAUUCAUGUACCCUCCAUUUGGUGGAUCAUUUGCAAUUGUGUUUGUUAUGGUUUCCUUUGCAGUUCAUUGACCAUAGUUUUGUUUUUGUUGCUUGUCGAGGGGAUUUAUAUCUACUUAUUUGUUGUAAAGGUUUACAACAUUACCGACAAAAUACAUCGCUAUCAUGGCUUUUGCUGGGGUAAGUAGCAUUGUGAAGAAAUGCGAAAAAUGGGAUAGGACUUAAAGAAUAUACUUGAGGAAAUAUCUCGAUUCUGAUUUGCCAAAACCAAUACAAACAAAAGAUCAUAAGAUGACAUUGUUUUAUUAAUUCUUUAAAUGAACCAUUGAAUUGUCUUGAGGUGUACUUUAGUUAAUCGUAAAAUAUUUCCAGUGCUUGUUAGAGCUAGCUAUAGUUGCAAAUUUAGUUGGCUGAAAUCACGCAGCUAUGUCUAAUUUGCAGUGUUUUAGCAAUUUCAUACCCACAACUUAUGUUGCUUAGGUUGUAGCUGAUUCAAGCUAAUUUAAGUUGCAUGUAUGCUUUUUUUUUUCUUUUGUUGUUGUGGUUUUUUUUUUUUUUUUUUUGUCCGGCUGUCGAGUCAUUUUCUCAACCCCAGGCUUGGCUAGGUUGGUGACAUUUAACCACACUUACGUGACAUCGUUGGCAUUAUAUGGAAUAAUUAUUUGUCUUAGAAUCAAAUUAUCCAAGAAUACCAGUUUAUGAUAUACUGAUUAAUCAUUUAACCGGUAAUCAGGUCUGAACCAUAGAAACAAUUUUGGUGCUUUUUUUUUUUUUUUUUUUUUUUUUUAAUGCACACAAAUAAAGUUUAUAGUAUAUAACAAUUGACUAUAUCGUAGAAAAUUGUUUUAACUACAACAUACCUGAGAAGUGAUCGUCAUUUAUCGUCAGGGGGAGGAGGGGGUUGGGGUGCAGGGUGCGUAGAAUGUUGGUUUCUCUGUGUCACUAUGAGAUUUACUUAAUUUUUCCGAAGGCUCCACGAUGUUUCAUUCCCUCACUCCCCCUCCCUUCUUCAUCGGCAGUUUAUAGAGAGUCAAUUUUCAAUAGCCUUUCCUUAUUACUAUGUUGGCGACCACUAAUCGCCUCCAUGUUGCCCCUGAAAACCUAGUGUUUCCCCACACAUAUAUCUCUAGCUUCCAUCCACCAACAUUUUAAAAACAACGCAAAUACAUGUAUUUGCUCAAUUGCGCUCGUGUCAAAGAUCGCUUGCAUAAUUCUGAAAAUUGACCAAGAUCUCCUUUUGACCGUCCAAACUUCGUUCGUUUAUCUUCUAUGUUGGGGAUUUUAUGUUUUCGAAACAACUGAAUGGAGAAUAGAUGCCGAGUUGUCCUAAAACGUUGCGUAAACAUGAUCGGUGGUAACGCUCGCGCGCUUGCGUGACUAAAAAAAAAAAAAAAAAAAGAAAAAGGAAAAAAACACACGCUUGUUUUUGAACUGACUAAAAAUUUAGGCAUUAAAUUUCCUUUGGUGCGAGACUCGAGGAUUUUAAACCUUUGGAACGACGUACGAUGAAUCCUGGAAACUGGAGUUUAAGUCCAUUGGCAAGAUAUGCCGGCUGGUCUCAUGAGCAGAUCAAGCGCUGACAAAAUUUGACAGCUUUGAAAUUUUAAGCGGAUGCAAAAAGCGAGACAAAAAUCUGUCAUGACACAAUUUGUCCUUUGACCAUGUCAAAAGAAUUCUGGUUUUUUCUGCUAGUGCAGAUAGCCCAGAUUGGCACUUACGAAUAAACUUUGAGUUAAAUAAUAGCCUUCACUCUCGAGAAAUUGCAAAUAUAUUACUCAUGUGAUCCGACUACAACUUUAAUUCCGAGAACUUCGAAAACAUCUCUAGUCAGUCUGGCUUUCUUUCACUGCCUCACAUUUUUCCUUGUACUGCGGGUGUCAACUAGUACUUUCACUUGGAACAUGCUAAUAACUGUUUCAUUUUUUCCAUAUCAACAUUUUAAAAGAUAAGAUCAUCAUAAAAAUGUAAAGUUCUUCCAUUCACUUUAAUACAAUGUAACUUUCGAUUUUAAUUCGUUACAUUGACUAAUUUGGUUUCAAUUCGUGGAGCCCGCGAAACAGGUAAAAUAAAAAGGGGAAAAUUUACACAAUCUCGUCACGCAAUACAUCAAACUGGGUUUGUCCAGUUGAUUUUGAUGGUCGCAAGGAAAUGCCGAAUUUAUCGCUCAAAACCGUUUUGGCCCACAACAGCGUAACUCCAUUAGUGAUUGAAACAAAUUUGCAAAAAGUAGGGCUAGUUCAUCGGGUUCCGUGUGCUAAAUCUCGGGAGAAACUGCACAAUUCUUUUAGAGAGUAUGCGUGUUGUUUUGUAAAUAUAAACACUAUAACGUAUUUUAUCUUGUUUGUUUGUCCUUUAAAGCAACGCAACAAUGUCUGUAAUGACCAGAGUGCCAAAUUUUAUUCUUUAAUUUUUAAUUUCUCCACACUUUACGUAGUUCAUAAUCUGAUAUUUCUACGUAAAUUAACGAAUCCUGCAUUUUGAUUGCUUCUUAGUGGGGUCCGGAUUUUUUUAUCUCUGCCCACGUGAGUCGUGGGUCGCCGAGUACAUCCCUAGUUUCGUUGCUAUUUUCAUAAAUAUAACUUGUUUUGCCGGCUGGACAUAUUUUCAAGCAAUUCAAGCCAAUUAAUAACUUAUUAAUCGUCUCUUUUCUCCCGUUAAAAUCACUUUGGAUACUAGCAACUAGCUGCCUCUGCUAAAGACAGCAAAAGCUGUUGAAGGAGAAAUUACAAACAGGUCAGGGCAAAUUUCUGGUCCCUAAAAUUUUCGAUGCUUGGAUGCAAACCUCUGUAACUUUCCAGAGUUCUCGUUGGGCGUUCAGAGUACAUCACGAAGAUUUUCUAUUCGUUAUUUCCCAAGUUGUUAUUACCUUCAAGGUUACAUACGUAAUCCACGCUGUUAGUGAACUGACCGAUUCAUCCUAGCGGUUGGUGGCCGUUGUCUGCAAUUCUAUUGUUGUAAAUUACAGAUCUAAACAUUUUCCGUUUCACAAAUUACAGAUUUUCAUUUCGAAAGUUAUAGAGUUUGAGCUAAUUCAACAAUCUACAGGUGUCAAAUGUGUUUCGCAAACUACAGUAAAUCCUCGGUACGGUUAAAUAAUGACACCAAAACAAGAGUGGUACGCGAGGUCUGCAAUGUUAGAGAAGUGGUAGGACCAAGCAUGAAAAUUUUGGUACUGGAAAUUUGCCUUCACUUGUUUGUAAUUUCUCCUCUUACAGUUUUUUGCGGUCUUUGGUACAGGAGGCAAUAGUGAUCUGCUUCAUUGCGAUAGUUUCUUGCACAAAUCAAACAGAGCGGCAAUUUUUUUCCUUUGCCGCCGUCACUUCACGUAAUGCCUCUCUCGCAAAUCUAUAUUUUUUUUUACUCUUUCACUAUGAAAUUUCGAUGAAUCUUCGCUCGUUUCUCUACCACUGCACUCUAUUCUUUAAACCGAUGAAAGCGACUUCGCACUUAGCCUCGUCCUCAGGCCGUAAUUUCGGUACCAGAUCACUGAAUCGCCAGAACUCAGAAGUAGCCUAUUAAAUUUAUCGGUUGAAUUUUCAUUCAUUGGAUAUCGGAUCGAAUUCUCUCAAACAAUUUUUUCUUUGUAAAACGGUGAGCCGAGUAUUCAGUCCCAAUAAAAAUAGCUUUCGGUAAGUCUUUGUAGGUCUGUUCAAUUUGGUCAUUUAUACCAUAAACUGCACAACAAAAACACAAGGAAUUCAAUGAGAAAAAGGCGCAUCAAAUUAUCCUUUGGUCCUCAUUUGACUAAAGUUUCUCGGUGAAAGAAAGACCAGAUUUAUCUAUGCCAUUGCAGCAAACAAACGAGCAAACUCUCACAACUUCUAAAGAUGCACUUGAAUUUACUUACAACUGCUUUCCUUGUCAUUUACUGACUGAACAGAGGUAUCUUUCGUACAUCGAUAAUCGAUGGAAGUGAAUAAUAUCCAAUAUACGAUCAUUGGAUGAUUGUCAUUCAUUGAAGAAAAGAUUGUCGUGACAGACAUUGAACUUGAGUUUGUUUGCCAAAACGGUGCCGUUGUUAUUUUCUUUCAAUUUUGUGCAUGCGCCUUUCAUCUUCUGGCUCUCUAUUUGACAGGUGUCAGAUUGUGACAGAUACUUGUAAAAAAGUGUUUCAAAAAUUGUUUGAAAACCUUUUAAAUCACCUUAAAUAUUACACAAAAAUAGUUCGGUGAAGCUUCUCUCUUUAAAUUGCAAUACCUCUAUUUAACUAGCAUUUGUCUGUCUUGAUUACCGCCUUCAACCUGAGGCCUCUAGCGGUACUCAAGAUUUUGGGCACAGUUUUUCCGUUUGACGAAUAACAUAAACUGUUAAAAAUUAAUACUAUUAAUAUCAUUAUUAUUACCGUUAUUGUUAUUAUAAUUGUUUAAUCUGUUUAAUUUCAUUUUGUUACAUGUAUAUUUUACAAUACAACAUUUUCCUGAGAGCGAAUCUACUGUAAACCAUGUAUGUAUACCCAACUUACUCUAAUUUACCCAAAAAGGUUUGAAUAAUAGUGGGUCCUAACUUGGGUGUUUUUUUUUUUUUUUUUCUAUCGUCGCUGCCGCGAUAGUUUAAUAUGCUGUUUGCAGAUGAUAUUUUCUUUUCUUUUUUCUUUUUUUUUUUUUUUUUUGUAAGUGAAAGCCCUUUAAUAAGUUGAAAGAUAGCACAUACCGUAUUAAUAUGGAGUAAUGCAUUGCGUGCUAAAUUAUCGAGUCACGAAGGAGAAUUGUAGAACAGAUGGCCGGGAUGACAUGUGGAUAAAAACAUACUGGAUGAAUCAUAGGCGCUUCAAGUGAAUAUAUGUUUUUAUGUCAUUGAUUCAUUGUGGAUGGAUUGAUAGAAACAAGAGUCUGCGAGUGAGACCAAGAGUCUUCGUGUGAGAUCAGGAAGGAUGAACAAAAUACCCUAUGGUUUCGGAGGCAUAAUUCAUAUUGCAACGUUCCUUCUUGGUAAGAAUUAUCUUACGCCGAUUAAUAUUAUCAGUAUUUCGAUUGACCCGAUGCAGAGGCAACUAUUAGUUUAAAGUUUAAUUUGUUAAUCGUUUAUUGGAACGUCAAACAAAAAGAAGAAGGGGUCAAACGAAGAAAACUUUCUAACUUCCUCUGUCAAAUUGUGUCAAUUACUGACAGAAUCUACACACUUAAUUUGAAACUCCUUUAACAACAAAAUUAAAUAAGCAAAAAUUAAACAUUUGUGUUUUUAUGGAUCGGUACUGUCCUUCAAAUUCAAUUAAUAAUGAAAGGCAGAGUCAAAAUAUUAGACAAAAACUAUGGGUUUUUGGUGUUAUGCUAACGAUCAAAGCGAACCUGCUACCGAAGCGGAACUUGCAGUAGUUUAUCACGUCAAAAACACCAGUUCAAAGACAAAAAUAUUCAAAUAGGUUUGUUUGUCGCAACUCAUUUUUAACGGAUACCGAUCAAUCUAUAUAAAAUUUUGUUUAAGAGGAUACAACGCUACUUAGCUAAUUGCCGUUUAAAAGUGUCACUCAGUUGAUCGCCUUUAUUAUUCCGCGAGACGCCGUGGGUUUUCGAAAAGGCAAGACCACAUUUCCUUAGGGUGACACGAUCGAUCUGAACCACACGAUUUUAUAUUGGAUAGAAAUAAGAAAACCAACAUACAAAUUGUUCCAUGAAAAAAGAAAUUAUUUUAGAAGCAGUCGCUUUAAUUUUUCUUUCGCUUUUCAGAAUAACAAUGUACUUUAGGAAAGCGCCGUGAACUGCGUCAACCAGAUGUUAUGACUCAAGCUUAUAAACAGCCAACUUAAAGAAUAUACAACUUAGGAAAAGGCACAGUCUAACGAUGCUUUUGGUUGAAAGAAUUUCCUCAUGAUUAUUCCAAAAAGAAAGGCUUAGAAAAGAGAUCUCAUUUUUCUCAUGCAAAUAAAUGCAUCGAAUAAGCUUUAUGCCUAAAUACAUGCUAUUUAAAUACGUGAGGCUUAUUUCAAAGCCAAGAUGACGAGCAUCUUGGAUGUAAAUAAAAUUAAAAACUUGCGCAAACUAUACGAUAAAUGCAUCGCAGUCAAUGAUUAUUACUAGUUGUUAUUGGUAUCCUUUUCAUUUAAGGUAACAUUUCUUUUCCUUUCCUAUCCUGUAGUUUUUCAAAGCGGCCGGGCAAUGGCAGAACGAAGUAAGUUCCCGGUUAUCAGCUGGCUUGAGCAAAUUAAAAAAAAAAAUUGAAUGAAUAAGAUAAUCUCAAGUGGGUUAAUGGACUAUUAACUAUCCAAUUCCUCCCACUUUGUCCAAUAGCCAGGUGUUCAUUUACUUUAUUUCGCUGCGAUGUUUAUUUUCCUACAGAUCAUGAGUGUGAAACUGCCCCGUUCUUGAAGCAGAGUGAAUGUAGUGGUUCCAACUGCAAAGGACUUCUCACGAGUAAAUGGCACAGGAUAAAAUGCUUUCCGUUUCCAACCAGCCGUAGAAAAGGUCUAUGCUCUAAAUGGUGCAAUGAAGGAGGGACAUCGACUCAGCCUUGCUAUAAUGCAUUUCAUAAAUAUUCUUCAGAUCAAAUCUGUUUCAAAAACAGCGACGAAAAACUCAACUUUGAAGUAGUACACUGCAGAUCUUUCGAGUUUAACAUUAGGUUAGAAUCGAUGGUUUCAAGUGAGUAUUUUCCUACACUUUUUCUGUUUGAUCCUUUCUACUUUAUUUUUUUACUUUUUCUUCUUUUUCUUCUGCUUCUUCUCAUUAUGAUUGUUAUCUUUAUUAUUAUAAUUGUCAUCGUUAUUAUUAUUACUAUUAUAAUUUGUUUGAGAUCAUAACUCUUCUAUGAUUUUUUCACAUUGGGAUGCUAAGGGAAGAGAAAGCCAAAAAAACAAUUUCGAGCCUCAAUUCCGUUUGCCUUUAGCAUAAGUAUAACUGUUUAGCGAUGCCAGUUAUGUACUGUGUUUUUGCAGCACCUCAUCAGUCUACAGAGGCAGGCGGACGGCAAGCUCAUAAUAGGCGUUAAAUUUUGCUUACAAUGUUGGCAUUUGCCCAGUGUCUAUUGUAUAUGGACUGGAAGUUUUUGAUCCCGGAUGUUCUCAACGAACUAUGGGAUUUCCAAACGAUCGUGGCCUGCACUGAUGAUCACAUGCAACAUGUCUGUUUUUAACUGUUUAUUAAAUCGUUGUUAAUUUUAUACAUCCUGAGUUGAAGUCCAUUCGAAACCUCACAUCUAUAAGGUGCUCAAAAUUCUACAGCCAAGAAGUGUAAUUUGCAAUUGAGUAGAAGAGGUCAAACCCCUUUAAAAUUCCUAAUAUAGAGUACGAAUACCACCAAGCGUCAGUCCUUUUGUUUGAUAUAAUUUUUAUUUCCCGCUUUUUAUCUCCUAAGCUUUUACUACAGAAACAACUGGAGUAACAGACGUUACAAAUCAACCAACCAUCAUUUCAGCCAUCAAGGAUGCAAAACAGCGGUUUAGAUCUUCAAUCCAAAGCAUUCGGUUCGACGAUUUAAAAAGGAUUCCAAUGGAUCAAAAACUGGAGGAUACUGUCUUUGCUGCGUUCAUCUUUGAAGACUGUAUAUUAAGCACUGCCAGAAGGUGGCUGCACGCUACAAAUCCCGAAUUUAUUGAUGUCGAUAAAGAUCUGAGUAAGUGCAAAAUAGUCUUUCCUCUUUUUCUCGGAAAUGAGCUUCAUCAUGUAUGUGUUCAGGCAAGCAAUACGUGUAUAUUAAGAGCCAGCAGCACUAUACUUUACAUCAGCCACAAAAUUCUGAUAUCUCUUUAUCGGAGGCAUGAACUGUGGCUUUCAAUUCCAUUAUCUGGGAAUGACUGCAUGCAAAAUCAUGAGUUGGGGGAAAUGCAACUGAAUAAAUUCUAGUCAUGCGGGUCAUUGCCUGUGCUGAGCACAUGCAGUUUUACUCUGAAGGCAAGUGAAAUAUAUGUUGACGCUGUAACAUUUGCAUCACAUAUUUUGCUUUUUUAUCAAUAUAGACUUUCGAGUUCGACGUAAUGUCCUUCAGAGAGGAGAUGACUUUCUGUUUAAUGGGAGCAAUCGGGGGAACUUUAUUAAGAUUCCCUCCGCUAAUCUGGAUCAAGGUAAAAACCCUUCCUUGGUUUGAGUCAAUUUAUUUCAAGACAAUUGCCCAUAAUUUCUUAUUCAACUCUUCAGUGGAAAUGGCUUCAUUCCGAGGUGCAAUACCAAAUUUGCAAUAUGCACUAGUGUGCACUUAAUACAGUGAGUUCUUGUUUUCUUUUUCCCUUUUUCUCUCCAUCUUUGUCCAAAUCGGUUUCAGUUUUGAAAUUUCUCAAGCCUCUUCCUUUUCUAUUCUUUCCUCUUUUUUGGGUGUCAUUACGAAUAAACUUCAUGCGUUUUGAAAAAUUUUGAGUAAUGCGCUUUUUCAUGAUUCAGCUGUCUGUAAUGACAUUGGUGCCCAGAGCAUUUAAAAGCCAUGGUCGUUUUUCAAAAAAUAACUGCAUCUUUGGAAACCGAAAUCAAUAGAUUUCUCAUUUCUCUUUUAAACAGACUCCACAGUACUUGGGCUCGAAUACACCAACCUUUCUAAACUUUUAUCAAACCAUUCAGCUGACACUGAGAGAGACAACAAAACAAAGUAUGUAUAUUUUAUUUUGAUGACUGAAAAUGGAGUGGAAAAAGAAGCGUUUAAUUAUUUUUUGAUCAUUCAAGCUGUUUUUUUUUUCAGGAUACUUGACAGUGUAAUUAUGGCCGCCGUAAUAGACCCUCCACCCAAGGUUCUACCGGAAAACGUCACACUGGUUUUUAAGAACAUGCAGGUAUAUACGCUACUCUUUCGUUAUGUUUACCUUUGUUUUAAUUGAAUUGGCGUUUUCUUGUUUGUUUGUGUUUUUGUUUGUUUCAUGAAAGGGAAACACCAAUAGUCCAUUCAUUCCUUAUUUGGGUGACUAUGUUGUCAUCUUUUCCCUCAGUUGAAACUAAGUUUUGAUGACUGGCCCAUAAUUUGAAAACUGCUCGAGACUUGACUAAUAAAUGAGCAUUACAUCCCAUAAGGCUUCCUGCAAUUUUUUAAAUUCGUCACCUUGAAGCCACCACAAGAGGGGGGAAGGGGGGAACUAUCAGACACUGGCAGCCCUCCUCGAUUUUACAUCGAAGACUUGAGAAAUUCGAAUUAAAAGAUAAAUUUAAAAAGUUGGUUUUUGCUGAAUAACAAAUUUAGACCUCAAUUAUGGAGUGGUCCCAGACACCUCCAUGUUGAGAAUUACUUUUUAACUUGGAGGGUUACAUUGAUAUUCUAUAUCUAUGACGCCUUAACAGUCAGCUACUAGUAAGGCAUCACCGAGGCGGGCGCUGAAGCCUCGCUAUAUCACUCUUUGAAUCACGACACUUUAUUUUUUUUCCCAAUAGGUGAAUCGUAAAAAAAGAGCAUGUGUAUUUUGGAGCUUCUCUGAAGAAAAGUAAGCACCACAGUAACAUAAAUUUUAUAAACAGCAUCAAUUCUUCCACUUUUUCAUCUGAAAGGAAGCUAAAAGUAUCAGAAAUCACUUAAAAGCAAUUAGUAAAGUAAAUUGAACUCUUUUCAGGUGGAGGGGGGAGGGGUUUCCAAUCGAAUUAGUUAUUUUGACUCCUUUCUCCUUAUCUGAUUCUUUAUAAAGCUUUGGGAGUUGGUCAAGUGAAGGAUGUCAAACGGAGAUGAUCUCUGAUCACCAUACGGAAUGUGUUUGCAAUCAUCUAACCCACUUCGCUGUGUUCAUGGAAUUUACCGACAAUGCUGACGACGGGAAGGUGAAUAUUUUUUUCUAUUCUACAAAAAAAGUCAUACGGAUUUAAAAAAGGUACAUAGUGGCAUUAAAACUAUCGCAUUUAUGUUCAUUUAUUAAUAUAAACAUUUCCUUUGAUACAGCUAAAAUAAUAAUGACCUUUACAGUUUUUCAAUCAGGAUAAAACUCGUUCGUCAGGUGAGCAUGACAAAAUACUGACACUCCUCACUCGAGUAGGGAUGGCUUUAUCUCUCACUGGAGUCAUACUCACGAUUAUCAGCUAUCUUCAGCUCACGUAAGUACGCUAACUUAACGCUGAUAUCUUACUGAAUUGUGGGAAAUUAACUAUAAGGAAAAUAAGUCAUCAGAUCAGUUCUGGAUCGAUGUCAGCACAGACCGCUUGUAACUGAAAAAGAAAUCAAACGUUCUGGUAUGAUCUUUCUUUAAAAAUGAUGUCUCGACAAGGAGUGAAAAUAGCUCUAGACUAACGUUAGUGUAAAAUUGAAACUUUGGAGUCGGUAUUCUUUUAUCCAUUCUAUAUUUUCUAAAUAAUUCAUGUAAAAAACAUAAUUUGUCAGCGUAUUUAUUCAUUCAUUUGGUGGAUCAUUUGCAAUUGUCUUUUUGAUGGUUUCUUUUACAAUUCCUUGACCUUAGUUCUGUUUUUGCCUGACUGCUAAAUCAAUUUCAUUUAGUUGCUAUUUAUUGGCUUGUUUGUAGAGACAGAAAUUCACCUUUGUGUCACAUACGGGUUAGUCUGACUUCCUGCAUUGGAGCAGGACAUAUCAUCUUUUUCGCUGGAAUAAACUCCACUGGAAACCAGGUGACUCAUUGAACUCCUACUUUCGUGUUGCUCAUUUAAUAUUGCUGUUCUUGUGAUUGUUUGUUUUUUAACUUGGUCCAGCUUCUUUACGAUUUAAAGACUGACUAAUCUACCGAGUUAUUCCUUUUUCUUGUUUUUUGUUUGGUUUGUUUGUUUCUUUGUUUGUUACUUUGUUUUUGUUUUCAUGUUUUCUAUGUUGUAGUUUUGUCUUGUUCUUUCUGUUUACUUUUGUUUUUGUUUCUUUCUGUUUUUUUCGGAUUAUAAUUUCGGCAAAUGUCAUUAGUCAUGAAAAUUAUUACAUUUUUACGGAUAAUCUAUUCCUUGCAGGCUGGUUGUGUAGCUGUGGCAGCUCUUAUGCAGUAUUUCCUGAUGGCCAGUUUUUGCUGGAUGCUUGUCGAAGGGAUUUAUAUCUACUUUUUUGUUGUAAAGGUUUACAACAUUACCGAUGAAAUGCAUCGCUAUCAUUACUUUUGCUGGGGUGAGGAGCAUUGUCAAGAAAUAGCAAAAAUGGGAUAGGACUUGAAGAAAUACUUGAGGAAAUGUCUCGAUUCUGAUUGGCCAAAACCAAACCGAACAGAAAGAUCUUAAAAUGACUUUAUUUUUUAAUUCUUUAAAUGAACACGCGUUUUUUUCGGAAAUCAUUGGAACGUCUUCAGAUGUACCUAAGUAAAUCGUAAAAUAUUUCUGGUGCUUAUUAGAACUAGUUAUAGUUGCAGAUAUAGUUGGCUAAUAUCACGCAGCUAUGGCUAAUUUGCAGUGUUUUAGUAAUUUCAUACCCAUAAUAAAAAGAUUUCAAGAGUUAACAACAAAAAAUCACAGUGAAAAUUUAUAUAAUCGCGUAACAACUUACCGUCAGUGGUUUAUUAAAACCAUUAACUUCUACAGUCAUCGGCAUUGGCUAACGUAAUAACACUAGAACGCGAAUAUUUUUGCUGUAAUGUCUUUCUUAAACUGGCAGCAUUUCAUCACUACUUUCCUCAGGACUGCCUGCAAUCAUAGUUGCUGUAUCUCUGGUAAUCGCUGCAGGAAAUGAUGGAAUCAAAACUUUUGUCAAUGAUGAAAAGUAAGUUUGAAUAUCGACUGUAUAUAAAUUGGUGGAAGCCUGAAUUUAUGAACUUAAAAAAAAAAGGAAAAAAGCGGGGAAUGGCGAAGGUAAAGGAGAAAGAACCUUGGUGCCCUAUUGUGACCUUCCCUUUUCCCUAACUCUUCAAAUUUUUAAAUCAGGACACAAGGGAAUGCAAGGACUUAAAAACAGAAACUUGCAGCCUCAAUAACUGGCCUUUCCCCCUUCCCCCCCCCCCUCCCCCCACACACCCACCAGGCACCCCCUUAUUUCAAGUUAUGGAUCUCUCCGUGUAUUAGAGUAGGAGAGUGAGAGUUUGUAAACUAUUAUCCAAGAUGGCGUCUUUUCGUAAUUUUGCAAAUUAAUAUAAAGGCAACAUGCUGCAUAAAAAAUGGGUUUUGAUUCGACAUUCUGCCAAGAAAAGCCUUUAAAUGCUGCUGGUAAUUUAGAAAAAAUAUUUUAAAAGUCUGUUUGUGCCUUUUAUUUUUCUAAUUCUAAGCUGCUGGAUGUCCUCCUCUAACAAAGUCAUCUGGAUAUUUGUUUCCUUUAUUGGACUGAUCACAAUUGUAAGUGGCAACAGAUUGAAUUUCUUCAAUGGAUUUGAGUUUAGUCAUUUAGAGAUAUUUGUUUCAAAGUUGAUUACAACAGCGACCUGACAAUCAUUUCUGGGCUCUUUGAAUAGGAGUGAGUCUGAGUCUUUGAAAGUCAUCUUUAAAAAGUUAUAACAUAAGCUAGUGCAACAAACAUAUCCGAUAUUUCAUUUUUUUUCUCUUUUCGUAUUCUCCAUCUUCUUUUAUUUUCUAUUUUAAUCCCUGAAGAUUAACACGAUGAUCCUCGUGCGAGCUAUCAAGGAAGUUACAACAAUCCAACAGGUGAAGGAUAGCCCGACUGAGCAGAUCAGGUGGGAUGAUAAUAGUUACUUCUCCCGCCUCUUAAAUGCCUCCAUAAUGUCGAUCAACAAAAAAUCUCAUAUAAUAGCUUGUUACAAACUGAAAACUGUCCUGGACUGAUAGGCUAUGGAUGACACCCUGGCACAUAAAAUAUAAUGCGUUUUCGAUGGACGACCUUCAAACUGCUUCUGUCUCUCCCGACAUUAUAACACGGCUAUUCAUUGCCUUUAAUUUAAGCUAUGAGUUUUCAAUCUUUCCUCAGUGUAGCUUGAGGGAAAAAGAUUAAGAAUUCGGAUGAACGCUUGUGUUUUCAAAGUGACUAUUCCUUUGGUCUCUUCCAGGCUUGGUGUUCGUGCAUGCGUGGUGUUUGCUCCAUUGCUGGGUGUCACCUGGCUAAUUGGCUUCCUUGUACCGUUACACAUCGCCUUCUCCUACAUUUUUGUAAUCCUUAAUUCCACUCAGGUAAAUUCAUCUAAAACCUUUAAAGUUUGUUCAAGCAUUUGGCUGCUCAUGGGUGGAUAUAAGAACAUACUUACAACGUAAUAAGCGUCAGAAAUACUGAAAAGCGUCUCCAUAUCCAAGGAUAAUUCAGAUUCACUUUUAGACGCCAGACCCGUGACCCUCCCUAAAGAAGCCGACUCGAGACCAUUUCAGUCUUCCUUUUGCACUUGUAUCUUUAUCUACAAAGACUUAGUUUUACUUAAUUAUGAUAUUGGAGUCACCAUAAACCGAUUACAUCUGACGGAUAGAAUUGUACUCGGGAAAAUAAGCCUCAGCUGAGUAAACGAUUAUAGCUGAUAAGGAAAGGAGACCUUCGGCUGAGUUGUUCUAAAAGACACAACCCUACACUUAUGACAAAAAAAAAAAAGAAAGAAAAAAAGGAAAACAAUUUAAAAAAAAGUGGAAGCUUCUUUCAUUUCUGCAGCUAUUUGCUUAUUUGUUUAUUUAUCAACCAAUAAAGUUUAUCUAUAUUUUGUUGUAGGGAUUCUUCAUUUUCUUCUUUCACUGCUUGGGAAAUAGUGAGGUAAAUAUAAAUUUUGAGUCUCCGUAAUUCUUAUCAAGAAAAGCUGGUUUCAUUUAAUGAGUGCCUGUUAUUUGACUUUGAAUUCCUAUCUAGAUAAGGGGACGUUUCAAACGAAGAGUCCAAAAAAUCCACCCGAGUGCAUUUAAUCAAAGGCAAGGUGACAAUAGAGAAAACUCUCAAGCUCGUCAAAAUCACAAU